CAUGUCUGGAGGAAAUACCACUAAAAAACAACUCUUUGAAAAAAUUGAUGAAUUAAUGACCAUAUUCGAAAAAGAAAAAAAGGAAAUGAAAGAACACCAUAAAAAUGAAAUCAGUCUUUACCAAGAAUUAAUCAAUACAAAGACAAAUGAAAUUUCAAAUUUAAUGUCUAUAAUCAACAAACAUGAAAAAGAAAUUGAACGAAUCGAUGAAAUGAGAAGAAAACACGAAUAUGAAUAUAAUGAAAGAUUAAAAGAAAAAGAUAAAAUCCUUAAACAUGAAAAAGAAACCUAUAAACAUGAAAAAGAAGAAAGAGAAAGAGUCUAUAAACGUGAAACUAAUAUCUUAGAACAAACCAUCAAUCGUUUAGAACAAAAUAUUAAUGAUUUACAAAACCAACUUAGUGAAAAUAUUUCCUCCGGAUAUUAA